UUUAAUUGAAUUUAUAAUUUGAAUAAAUGAUUGCUUUUUACAAUUAAUUGCUUUUGACUUUUAAUGAGUUUUUGUGUGACAUUUGAAGACAUUUUGAGUUAUAUUUUGUUUGUUUUUUGGUAAACAGUUUUGAGUAAACAUUGAAAUCAAUGAUUGAUUGCAUGAAUGAUAAGAGUUGUGGCGUUUCUUUGGUUAUUAUCUCAUUGUUAUUGUUUAUGGCAUUCAUUGCCGUAUAAAACAGCUAUCAAUUGAAUACUGUCUCCGAAGACAAUAGUGUUGUCUAUCGAUUGAGUUCUUCGUAUAAACCGAUGAUAUGUCUGACGGUAUGUCUGACGCAAAGCCAGCCCUGGAUUCAGAGUCGGCGACACCACAUGUGGUCGAAACACAUCAAUUGAAACUAUGGUCACAGAUAUCGGCCAAAGAUUUGCAAGAUUUACGCCUAUUGAGCGCCGACGAGAAGAUCCACGAAACGAGUCCUUUCCCUUUCUCGCCGCAAAUCAACUCAAAGAUCGCCCUCUGGUUUGGAGACAUCACUCAAUUGGCUGUCACUGCGAUCGUCAACACCACUAAUGAACACUUUAGUGAGAGAUCUCUUCUCAACGAAAGGAUUCUCUCGAAGGGCGGACCACAAAUGAGACACUUUCUGACCGAAAAGGUGAGGGUUUGUAAGACAGGGGACGCGAAACUGACCAAAGGCUAUGACCUUCCGGCCCGUUAUGUGGUCCAUACGGUUGGCCCGAAAUACAACUCCAAAUACCAUACGGCGGCUGAAAACGCAUUGUAUAACUGCUACACAAAAGUACUUCAGAUCAGUCGAGACAACGGCUUCUCUUCAGUGGCUUUCUGUGCCAUUAAUACCCCGAACAGAGGUUAUCCGCGACAGUCGGCCGCACACAUCGCCCUACGAGUGGUCAGACGUUUUCUGGAGCACUACAGCGACUCCGUCGACAUCAUUGUGUUCGCUGUCGAUGACGUCGAUAUCGGGUUUUAUCAACUUUUAAUGCCACUGUAUUUUCCGCGCUCUCAUCCCGAAGAGGAGUACGCACUCUAUUAUCUGCCGCAAGAUGUGGGCGGAGAGUACGGCGAACCCGUCAUUCCCGAGCGGGAGAUCAGAAUCGCCGCCAAACCCAACACAUUGUCCACCAUUGAAGAGAGCGUGGAUUUGUCGAGCGGUUUGGACACAUCGGUUGCUGUGGGAAAGACAACGUUUGCCAAAAUGCACGGAGACUUAGAUAAGAGACGCAAACGACAGCCAAAUCCCAUCAAAGACGGCGAUCCCAUGACUCAAGAGAUUCAAAGGGGACACAAAUACGAGCGUCUGUUACGCAAAGCCAAAGCCGAAGAUUUUAGUGAUUAUAUCAACGCUCGGUGUUUAUACAUAUCGGGCGAAGACUCAAUGGGCAGACCUAUUGUUGUAAUGAUUGGCAAACGGUUUACGGCGUCGACAAUGUGUAACGAGAGGACAGUCAUGUUUUUGAUUCGUUUACUCGAUUCGGUUGUCGUUAAGGAAUAUAUUGUGAUAUACUUUCAUAGUCUGACCCAAAAGGAAAACCUGCCGCCCAUUAGUUUUGUCCAAAACAUCUAUAAUCUAUUGGGAUAUGAAUACAAGAAGAAUUUGAAAUGCUUUUACGUAAUCCAUCCGUCGAUUUGGUGUCGAGUGAUCUGUUGGUGGUUCACGACAUUCAACGCCGCGAUUCUUAAGCGCAAACUGUUUUGUGUCGGAGGCGUCGAAUUUCUUAAGAAUGUGAUACCAUUACAAGAGCUACAGGUGCCGUCGUUUGUCAUGGAUUACGAUUUCAAGGCAAUGAUUGCAUUUAUUUUUAACCAAAGCUAA